GGGCUAAUUUGGUCAUUUGAAGCUCAAAAUUUCACACGAUUUACCUGAGUAAAGGUUAAGGGUAUGAUAAAAAAUUCAAAAUGAGAAAACCCACACAAAACGUUAAAAAAUCACUUGCUGCAUGCUCCUCCUGGCUAUAACACAAGAAAGGGGAGCCCUCACAAAUCAGUCAUCACUCUCUUUCUACAGACGCUUGUAAAACCCUCUUCUCUCUCUUCUCUCCUCAAUUUCGCCAUCGAUCGAUAAAGAUUUGAUGACGGAAGAAAAUCCUUCACCACCUGUUUUGGAAGGGAAGAUUACCGGAAUAAGUUUCUCAUUGGCCACUGAAGACGAGAUUCGUAAAGCUUCCAUUAGUGAUUGCCCCAUUAGCCAUACGAGCCAGCUGUCCAAUCCAUUUCUUGGACUUCCCCUCGAAGUGGGAAGAUGUGAAUCUUGUGGCACAGCUGAACCUGGCAAAUGUGAAGGUCAUUUUGGGUACAUUGAGUUGCCGAUUCCGAUAUAUCAUCCAUCUCAUCUUAAUGAGCUCAAGCGUAUCUUGAGUUUAAUAUGUCUCAAGUGUUUAAAGUUCAAGAAUCGCAGGUUGCCAAACAAGACCGCUGGUAUGUUUGAAAAGGUUUUGACUGUAUGUUGCGAGGAAACUGCAAAUGUAACUGUGGACGUGGUACAAAAACAAGAUGGUGCAUCUUACUUGCAGCUUAAAGUUCCAUCUAAAACAUGUAAAGAAGGGUUAUGGGAAUUUCUUGAACGUUAUGGAUACAGAUAUGGUGAUGGACACAAGCGACCUUUACUUCCAUCCGAGGUGUUGGUGAUGUUAAAGAAAAUUGACAAGGAGAAGGCAACUAAAAAGAAGUUAGCUGGGAGGGGAUGUUUUUUCCAGGAAGGGUAUAUCAUGCAACAUCUUCCCAUCCCUCCAAAUUGUCUGUCAACACCAGAUGUCUCUGAUGGCAUCAAUGUUAUGUCAUCGGAUAUUUCAAUGACAAUGCUUAAAAAAGUUUUGAGACAAGUGGAAAUUAUUAAGAGUUCCAGAUCUGGGAUUCCAAACUUUGAGUCUCUUGAAGUCGAGGUUAAUGAUCUACAGAAUGCUGUAGCACAAUAUCUUCAAUCAAGGGGGGCUAAGGCUUCUCCUAACAGAAAUAUACGCUAUGGAAUUGCAAAAGAACUGAACGACUCCUCUUCAACCAAAGCAUGGCUUGAGAAAAUGAAAACUCUUUUCAUCAGUAAAGGAUCAGGAUUUUCAUCCAGAAGUGUCAUAACAGGUGACCCCUACAAAGGUGUGGGCGAAAUCGGAAUUCCUUUUGAGAUAGCUCAGAGAAUCACAUUUGAAGAAAGGGUAACUGAAUACAACAUGAAGUUCCUUCAGAAGUUGGUAGAUGACAAGUUGUGUUUAACAUAUAGAGAUGGCAAUAACACAUAUUCUUUAAGAGAAGGGUCAAAGGGGCACACGUUUUUGAAACCAGGACAGGUUGUUCACAGAAAGAUUAUGGAAGGAGAUGUGAUCUUUAUCAAUAGGCCACCCACUACCCAUAAGCAUUCAUUACAAGCUUUAUCGGUUUAUAUCCAUGAUGAUCAUACUUUCAAGAUCAAUCCUUUAAUCUGUGGGCCAUUGAGUGCGGAUUUUGAUGGAGAUUGUAUUCACAUUUUUUACCCUCAAUCCCCGGAAGCAAAAGCUGAAGUGUUGGAGCUUUUUGCAGUUGAAAAGCAGCUUUUGAGCUCACACAGUGGAAAUGUAAACUUGCAGUUUGGGUCUGACUCUUUGUUAUCUCUUAAAACUCUGUUCAAGAAAUUCUUUUUCAAGAAAUCAGAAGUCCAACAGCUGGCAUUGUUCACAUCCAGUACAUUGCCCAAACCUUCAAUGUUAAAAGUCGGGGAUUCUGGCCCGUUGUGGACGGUUUUGGAGCUUCUGGAAACAUCUUUACCUCCGGGAUUUGAUUGCUCUGGGGAACGGUUCUUGAUCAAAGACAGCAAAAUAUUGAAGCUGGAUUACAGUCGGGAGGUGAUACAGUCCAUCAUCAAUGAUGUGAUCAGUUCGAUAUUUUUCACUAAAGGCCCCAAAGAGGUGUUGAAGCUGUUUAACUCUUUGCAACCGAUGCUAAUGGAGAAUCUUUCCGGUGAGGGAUUUAAUCUAAGUUUGGAGGAUUUUAUUGUCCCGAAAAGUAUAUUGAGAGAUAUCGAAACCGAGCUUCAAGAUUUAUCUUCUUUGCUAUAUCAUUUGAGAUCAACCUACAACGAGGUGAUUGCGUUACAGCUUGACAAACAUCUGAGGGCAGUAAAAUCGCCAAUUUCUGAAUUUAUCUUGAAGUAUUCAUCGAUGGGUAGUUUGAUCGAUUCAAAGAGCGAUUCUGCUGUUACAAGAAUCAUCCAACAAAUUGGGUUUUUGGGACUACAGAUUCUGGAAAAGGGGAGGUUGUAUUCAAGAACUUUGGCAGAGGAUUUAUCGAAACAUUUUUGUGGGAACUAUCCGUUUCCAGAGAAAUACCCGUCUGAGGAGUUCGGGUUGAUCCGGGGCUGCUUGUUCCAUGGGCUUGACCCGUAUCAGGAAUUGGUGCAUUCUAUUUCAAACCGUGAAGUUAUGGUGAGGUCUUCGAGAGGGUUGACUGAACCCGGAACUUUGUUCAAAAACUUGAUGGCUAUUCUUCGUGAUGUUGUGAUCUGCUAUGAUGGGACUGUGAGAAAUGUGUGUAGCAAUUCAAUCAUACAGUUUGAAUACGGGGUCCAUACACAGAAUUUGUUUGCGGCUGGUGAACCGGUCGGAGUAUUGGCGGCAACCGCCAUGUCAAACCCUGCAUACAAGGCGGUUCUUGAUUCUUCCCCGAAUAGCAACUCCUCUUGGGAUAUGAUGAAGGAGAUUCUGCUUUGUGGAGUGAAUUUCAAGAAUGUGCAUAAUGAUCGUCGGGUGGUACUGUAUUUAAAUGACUGUGAUUGUGGCAAUAAGUAUUGCCUUGAGAAGUCUGCAUAUUUUGUGAAAAAUCAUUUGCGAAAAGUCAGCCUUAAAGAUACUGCUGUUGAAUUCCUUAUAGAAUUCACAAGACAGCAAACAAGUGAAAAUACUGAAAUUGGUGCAGGACUUGUUGGUCAUAUUCAUCUGAAUCAGGCAAUGUUGAAAGAAUCCAAGAUUAGCAUGGAAGAGGUUCUUGCGAAAUGUGAAGACACCCUGAAUGUCUACCGGAAGAAGAAGAAAGAAGUUGGAUUAUUGUUCAGGAGUAUAGCUUUAUCUUGCGGUGAAUGUUCGUUCCACCAAUCAUCAGAAAACAAAUGGAUGCCAUGCUUGAAAUUCUUUAGGCAGGACACUGGCGGUCAUCAAUUGGAGAAGGCCACACGCAUACUUGCUGACUUCGUUUGUCCUGUUCUUUUAGAUACAAUUAUAAAAGGCGAUCCGCGGGUUAAAGAAGCAAAUAUCAUUUGGAUCGGUCCGGAAUCAACCGUUUGGAUUAGAAAUCCAAAUAAGGAUCAAAACGGUGAAUUCUCUAAUCCAAAUAAGGAUCAAAAAGGUGAAUUGGCAAUUGAUGUGGUUCUUGAGAAGGCAGCUGUUAAGAAAAGCGGCGAUGCAUGGAGAACAGUGAUGGACACUUGCCUUCCCAUAAUGCAUCUGAUCGACACCACACGAUCCAUUCCUUAUGCAAUCAAACAAGUCGAAGAUCUUCUUGGUACAUCUUGCGCAUUUGAGCAAGCUGUCCAGCGCCUCUCAACCUCUGUUUCAAUGGUAUCCAAAGGCAUGCUGAAAGAGCACCUACUUCUAUUGGCGAAUAGCAUGACAUGUGCAGGAACUCUUGUUGGUUUCAAUCAAGCUGGCAUAAAGGCCUUGUCCAAAACCCUUAAUUUCCAAGUACCAUUUUCCGAAGCGACAUUAUACACACCAAAACGGUGUUUUGAGAAGGCGGCUGAGAAGUGCCAUUCUGAUUCUUUAUCGAGCAUUGUGGCUGCUUGUUCUUGGGGCAAACCAGUUGCUGUGGGUACAGGAUCUCGGUUUGAUAUACUGUGGGACACAAGAGAGGUUGAACUUAACCAAAAGGAUGGCAUUGAUGUAUACAACUUCCUUCAUUUAGUACACGGUGGAUCAGAAGAAGAAGCUGAUAAUGGGUGUCUUGGUGGUGAGGUUGAUAGUUUCGACAUGGAGGAUAAUUUCAUGGAAGCGGGGUCUCCCGAGCAUGAUUCUGGUGCACCUAAAGCUGUUUUUGAGGACAGUUUGGAACUAAAUCUUGGUCAAAUGGAGACUGCAGCUCCUGAAGACGGGAACUCCGGUGGCGGAUGGGGAGCGGCUGUGAAGAGUACACCAGCUGAAAGCAGCGGUGGCUGGGGGACUACACCUACGACUGAAGGUAGUGGUGGCUGGGGGGCGGCUGUGAAGACUACACCAACAACUGAAGGUGGCAGUAGUGGUGGCUGGGGGGGAGCUGUGAAGGCCACACCAGCAACUGAAGGAUCUGGAUCCGGGUGGGGCAAAAAAGCGGAAGAACCUGCAUGGGGCGUGAAGAAACCGGAUUCAGACGCUGGGGCAGGAUCAGGAUCAGCUCCAUGGGGUAAAAGAGAGGAAACUGCUUGGGGUAAAAAAGCCGACAGCGGGGGUUCAGCUGCCACCUGGGGUAAAAAAGAUGACACCGGGGACUCAGCUCCAUGGAGCAAAAAAGCUGACACUGGGGGUUCAACUCCAGCUCCAUGGGGUAAAAAAGCCGACACUGGGGGCUCAACUCCAGCUCCAGCUCCAUGGGGCAAAAAAGAUGACACUGGGGGCUCAGGCUCAGCUCCAUGGGGCAAAAAAGAUGACACUGGCUCAGCUCCAUGGGGUAAAAAAGCCGACACUGGGGGUUCAACUCCAGCUCCAGCUCCAGCUCCAUGGGGCAAAAAAGAUGACACUGGCUCAGCUCCAUGGAGUAAAAAAGCCGACACUGGGGGUUCAGGUUCAGCUCCAUGGGGCAAAAAAGAUGACACCGGAUCAGCUCCAUGGGGUAAAAAAGAUGACACUGGAUCUGCUCCCGCUCCAUGGGGAAGAAAGGAUGUUAAAGCUGACGAGCCCAGUCAAGUGGAAGAGUCUCAGUGGGGUAAAAUAGAGUCGUCUGGUUCCUGGGGCAAAUCAGUACAAAAACCUGAUUCCGUUCCGAAAUGGGGUGGGAAUAAUAAAAGCGAUGAGGGGUCGGAUUGGAGCAAAAAGGUGGAGGAAAAAACAGAAUCCAAGGAUGGAUGGGGUUCUCAAAGUCAAUGGGGUGCAAAGAAUCCUGAAGGGGGGUCAUCAGUAGACACCACCACCACCACCACCGAAGGCGAGAAACCAGGAGGAGCUUGGGGAUGGAAUCGGAAACCUGAGCAGAAACCGGAUCAGGGGCAGGGUGGCUGGAAAAAGAAGGAAGGGUGGGGGCCAAGGAGAGACCGGCCUGCUCGGCCAGCUGGCGGGCCUAAUGAUGGGCUGAGGCCGGGUGGGGGUGGCGGUGGACCGUUCACUGCAUCUCGUCAAAGGCUGGAUCUGUUUACUUCAGACGAACAGGAGAUUCUCGCUGAUAUUGAGCCCAUCAUGCUUUCUAUUAGGAGAAUCAUGAGCCAAGAGGGAUAUAAUGAUGGCGAUCCUUUGUCUGCUGAAGAUCAAACAUAUAUCCUUGAAAAUGUAUUCAACCAUCAUCCAGAAAAAGCUCAGAAAAUGGGAGCUGGAAUUGAUUAUGUCAUGGUGACGAAGCAUACGCUUUUCCAAGACAGCAGGUGUCUUUUCAUAGUGUCAACAGAUGGGCGGAAAGAGGACUUCUCUUACAGGAAGUGUUUGGAGAACUUUGUUCGGGGAAAAUAUCCGGACAAAGUGGACGAAUUCAUGUCAAAGUACUUCAAGAAGCCUCAACCUCGGCCCCCAAGGGAACCACGCCCCCCUGGCCCAGGUCAAGAUGAAGCCAUCGGGACCCCUAAUUCCCAAUCCCAGUCUGGAUGGAAACGGGGGGAUUCCAAUGAUGAAGGCGGCACCCACACCCCUCGUUCCCAGCCAGGAUGGAACCGGGAUUCCGGUAGUGAUGCCGGAACACCCCGUUCUCAAUCGCAAUCGCAAUGGGGAGGGAGUGAGGCGGGAACACCUGUUUCUGGUUCUGGAUGGAAGAAAGAGGCAGAAGGCGGAGGAGGAUGGAACAAAGGAGGUGGAGGGGGAGGGGGUUGGGGGUCCUGACUCCUGACUCGUGAGAGUGAGAGUUGAUUUGAAUUUGGGAUUGGAAUAUUUGUAACCCUGUAGGUAAUGUAGGGUAGGGUGCUGGCUUUUGCUUUUUUAAUCUCUGGUGCACAGCAGACAGUAGUAGUAAGUAGUAAGAAAAGGAAAGGUUUUGGUGGCAUGAAUGACAUGAUGGGAUGUGAUGUGAUGUGAUAAAUAUUUUGGAUGAUUAGUUGCUUCAUCUGCGAUUUGUGAUGUGUAUGGUAAUUAAUGCAGAUGCAGAUGUAUGGGUGUGUUAUU